GAAGAAAACAUCAGGUUCUUUACUCAGCAACUAAGCAAGCACAUCUACAGCAUCUACCAUGGGUGGCCCAGACAUUUGUGCUUUUAUGGCCAAAGUAGACACUCACAAAGUAGGAGGAGAAGCUCUUGCCAGGCUUCUUGUUGUGUACCCAUGGACCCAAAGACACUUCAGCACUUUUGGCAAUCUGGGCUCUGCUGAUGCCAUCUGCCACAAUGCCAAAGUGCUUGCUCAUGGACACAAGGUGUUAGCUUCCAUUGUAGAUGGCUUGAAACACCCUGAAAACCUCAAGGCACACUAUGCCAAGCUGAGUGAAAAGCACUCUAAGGAACUUCAUGUGGAUCCAGCUAACUUUUACCGCUUCGGAGAUGUGCUGAUUGUUACCCUGGCUCGUCACUUCCAUGAAGAAUUUACCCCAGAACUGCAGUGUGCUUUGGAGCAUGGCUUUUGUGCUGUUGGCGAUGCCCUAGCCAAGGGUUAUCACUAAAUUACCCAAACUACAGCCAAAUAAAAGGAGUCUAAGCUACAAGUCAACAUCCCUGUGAAGCAUACACUGGCAAGACUGCAACUGUAUUCAAGCAUACUUAAAAUGUAGCAAUUUUAUUUUGCUCCUAAUAAAAACCAGAUAUUUCUUUCUGCA